GUUGUCUUGUUAUACAUGAAUGCAGCUGAAUUGCUUGGACUUCCUUUAAUUCCUGCAUACACUGAAGCUAGAUCUGGUGAUCAAAUGAGAUAUGGAAUUAAUUAUGCCUCUGCCGCUGCCGGUAUUCUUGACAUUACAGGCAGAAACUUUGUUGGUCGGAUUCCAUUCAACCAGCAAAUCCAAAACUUCGAGAACACGCUCGAUCAAAUCACAGACAAUCUUGGUGCCCCGGAUGUGGCUCAGGCUCUUGCUAGGUGUAUAUUUUUUGUUGGAAUGGGAAGCAAUGACUACCUCAACAAUUACCUUAUGCCUAAUUAUCCUACUAAGAAUCAGUAUAAUGCUCAACAAUAUGCAGAUCUUUUGGUUCACCAGUACUCGCAACAACUCACGAGACUAUACAAUCUUGGAGCUCGAAAAUUUGUGAUUGCAGGGCUUGGAUUGAUGGGUUGCAUCCCUAGCAUUCUUGCCCAAAGUUCAGAUGGUAUGUGCUCACAGGAAGUGAAUCAACUUAUUCUUCCAUUCAACACUAACACAAAGGCCAUGAUCAACCAGCUUAGCGCUAAUCUGCCGGGCUCUAAAUUUUCUUAUAUUGACAUUCAAAAUAUGUUUCAAGAUCUUCUGGCCAAUGCUAGAUCAUAUGGAUUCGGUGUUGCAAAUCGCGGGUGCUGUGGAAUAGGGAGAAACGGAGGGCAGAUAACUUGUCUUCCCUUCCAAAUGCCAUGUCUAGACAGGAACAUGUACAUAUUCUGGGAUGCAUUUCACCCAACAGCAGCAGUAAAUAUCUUGUUUGGAAGGAAUGCUUUCAAUGGAAACCAGAAUAUGGUCUAUCCCAUUAACAUAGAGCAACUUGCCAAACUAUGAUUUUCCAGCCAAAUAUGCCACUAAACCUUGCAUUUUUCUCAAGUCUGCUAGAAACUGUACUUCUUAAAUCUGAAUGCGUAAAACUCGUUGAAGUGUCUGUUUUGUCACUGGUGAGAUUGUAGGAAUUUUUAUCUAUUUUUUAUUACGUGGAUUCUUA